GGGCAGGAGGAGGCGAGCGCGAUCAGACCUCCAGGUGUGUGUAGAUGUAUGUGUGUGUGUUCCAAUGACACCUGGCUGGAUGCAUCAUGUGAUCAGAUACCUGGGUGUGGAGCUAGCGUUCAGUGUGUUAUUCGGGAACGGGAAUCCCGGAACCGCAGAUCUCUGUCUCUCCGCGUGUGAGUGACAUGUGAACUUUCCGUGCACCGGGAAUCUAUUCUUCUCAGUCUGAAGGGAAUCCGUGGUCUGGACGCUGCAACUACUGCCAAGGUUUUCCCACUCAUCUUCUUCUGGGGCAGCAGACUGUAAGAUAUCUUGAGACCAAACGAUAGGAGGACAGGACCAGAAGACAACACAAGCUGGACUCAGAUUCACCACGCCACGUCUCCACCUGAGCUCUGUAUUAAUGCACCAAGUUGCUUCAACCCUUUACAACACCGCAAACAGCCUGCAGAGUCGUGGAGGUUGAACAGACAGACGCCUCACUCUUAUGUCAAGCAUCAAUUAAAGCAAUUUUCAUCCUUGGAACAAUGGCCACCUGGUUACCAGCGGUCCUACUGGUGCUACAAGUAACCACUGCAUCUUCUGAAGAGCCCAUACUGGAUUUUUCCACAGAUACGCCCAUCAAUAAUGUGGCACAGGACCCACAGACUGGCCGUGUUUACCUGGGUGCUGUCAAUACCAUUUAUCAGUUGAACUCUUCAUUGUAUCUUGAGGCCAGAGCUGAAACUGGGCCCAAGAAAGAUGCGAGGGGUUGCACCCCUCCGGUGUCUACUUGUCAGGACCUGAAAGACACCAACAACACCAAUAAACUCUUGCUGGUUCAUUCAGAUAACGGGUCGCUGAUAGUCUGUGGGAGCUUAUACCGAGGAAUCUGCUCUCUGCUCAACCUCACCAACGUCAAAGAGCAGAUAUACUACAGCGACAGCAAAGGGGAGCGGACCUAUGCCGCCAGCACAGAAGAGCACGUUUCCGUGGUAGGAGUCAUGGCCACGCUUGAAAUUGAUGAUAAACCAUUCAGCGUCUUUUUAGUCGGGAAGGGCUACGGAAGCAUGGACAGCUCCAAACUCAUCAGCACCAGAAUCGUGCAGAACUACCGCGACUGGGUCGUGUUCGAGAGCAUCAUCGAGGCGUCUACGGUCCAGGCUGUUCCCUUCGUGCCCAAGUAUCUUCACGACUUCCGCUUCACCUUCAAAAAUGACAACUUUGUCUACUUCCUCUUUUCACGCACUCUCGGCGGAACAGACAAUAAGAACUUUACUUUCGUUUCGCGCCUCUGCGAGAACGACAAUCACUAUUAUUCGUACACGGAGCUUCAGCUUAGUUGUGGUGUGAAGAAUCGUUACAAUAAAGUCCAGGCCGCAUAUUUGACAGACCCGGGGAAAGAGCUGGCUCAGGCCAUGUCCGAAUCCGGAGAGUAUGGGAAUGUCCGGGAAUGGGAUAAAGUCUUGUUUGUGGUGGCUAGCUCAGAGGAAGGAGCCACCGAAUCAGCUCUGUGUAUGUAUCCCCUUAAAAACAUCAACCAAAAACUUUUGGCCAUCGUUACCGCAUGCUACACGAACAACGGCAAGAUUGACGACAGAUUAGUUGUGGAGAGUCCCUACACGUCCAGUAAAGAUGAUCCAUGUGUCAAACAUGAUAAAGGCAUUGUGAACCAUUACAAGUGCGGAGCCGAUUUUCUCCCAUCUCCAUUGGCCAGUCGACAGGAGUUUGCCUUGAAGGCCAGCCCCGUCUUCAUCAGGCAGAACCUGCUGACCGCGGUGGCCGUGGCUGUCGAGAAUGAUCACACCAUUGCUUUUCUGGGACACAAUGCCGGAGAGGUGAUAAAGGUACAUUUGUCAAGCCAUCCAGAGGCGUACAACCCUGGUCCGGGCUACAAAACCAGCGGCUACAUAAAUAAGAACCUUUUCUUUGACAAAACCCAGGCGCUCUUGUACAUCACCACUGAGAAAAAGAUCACAAAGGUGCCCGUACAGGCCUGCCAUCUGAAGUCAGACUGCCAGUCGUGUGUCGCUCAGAGAGAUCCGUACUGUGGCUGGUGUGUCCUGGAGGGAAGAUGCACCAGGAGAUCGGAGUGCAGUCGCGCGGAGGAAAAGAACGGUUGGCUGUGGAGUCCGACCCAACAGUGUGUGAAAAUCAUCUCUUUCCACCCGCCAAAUCUCAGCUGCUUGAAGUCCCAGCAGGUUGAGAUAAACGUCCGAGCGCUGCCGAUCCUCAGAGAUUCAGGCCGUAUCCACUGCGCCUUCGGCUCUUAUCAGAGCAACGGCAGGAUGGUGGACGGCCGAAUCAGUUGCCGCUUACCUGAACAGCAUCUUAUACCAGCGACACCUGCGCACCAAGAUUUCGUGGCGGUUCCGGUCCACAUCUUUGUGAACGGUAGCGUGGAGGUGGCUUCCAGCGAGUACAAGUUCUACAACUGCGCAGCGACAGUCCGGAAAGCAGAAAAUACGCCAUGCACUUCCUGUGUAAGCAGCGCUUGGGGAUGUCAGUGGAACAUUGCGGCGCACACCUGCACGGAUCUGAGCGACGCAGAAACCGGCGCCAAUAUAAUCAAACACAGACAGAACAAGAGCUGUCCACGGUUCGAGAAUCCAGAUCCCGUCCUUAUCCCGGUCGGAUACAAAACCCGGAUCAGUUUUGAGGGCAUCAAUCUGGACCCGUACAAGGGCCGUGAUUUCACCAUCGGAACAGAGCUGAUGAAGUUUGAGGAAGAUGUCAAGACGGAGCCGGGACCCUUCUACUCUUUCAGCGGUUAUGUGUUUUACUUUGAUAGAGCUCACGAGACCAGCGUUCUGUUCCACGUAAGAGACAAAUACACGGGAAAGAAGAUCGACAGCAGUCUUAGCGUCACUCUGUAUAACUGCUCUCUGGGACGUGAAGACUGCAGCCUGUGUAAGAACGCCGACCCCAAAUACCAGUGUGUGUGGUGCACGCAGACCAGCUCGUGUGUGUAUGAGCAGCUCUGUGCCUCGAGAGAGCCCGAGGAGUGUCCUGACCCCCAGAUCACCGACAUCACGCCAAGAUUCGGGCCGCUGAAAGGAGGAAUAGCUGUGACUAUUAAGGGCUCGAACCUGGGCAUUCAGAAGGACGACAUUAAGAACAUCACAGUGGCUGGAGUGCCGUGUAAACACCUGCGGGAACGGUACUCCGUCUCCACCAGUGUGGUGUGUGAAAUCGGACCGGCGAAACUCUACAAAACCGGAGAGGUGGAAAUCGAGGUGGGCAGAGGAAAGAAAGGCAUAUCCACAAAAACGGUCCGCUUCACCUACAGGGACCCUGUAGCACAGAGUGUGUCUCCUGAACGAGGUCCUAAAGCAGGAGGAACCAUCCUCACAAUCACUGGGAUGAACCUGAACACUGCUUCAAAAGAAGACCUUCAAAUCAUGGUGGGCGAUGUGCCCUGCCGAGUUGAGAGCUUCGGAGAGCGGAUCACCUGUAAACUGUCUGAGUAUCUGGGCGAUACGGUUCCGUCGGCUCACCUCACCUUCAGAGUUCAAUACGGCGAACACACCACAACCACCAUCAGGACGGCCUUUCAGUUCUCCAACAACCCCUCUGUGUCCGACCAUCAACCCAGGAGCAGCUUUAUCUGUGGUGGCAGAACAAUCAUGGUGGUGGGUUCUGGAUUUGAGCUGGUCCAGAAGGCUUCUAUCCGGGUGGUGGCGUCGGCUGGAGAAUGGUCCAGACAGACCGUCCCAGAAGAGUUUGUAGAGCAGUCCACAUUCAAAAACGACACCUUGAUCAAGUUUAUGUCGCCUGCGGUCAACGAGUCUCAGUUCUUCAGGACGUAUGUGCAGCUCGAUAACCUCCAGACCGAGCUGACACCGUUUGAGUAUCACCCCGACCCCACGUUCGAUAGCCUCAGCAAGACCGUUAUCACUGAAAACAGCAUGAUCAUCGUGACUGGUCGUGGUUUUUCUAAAGCGAUGACGGCGAAAGAAGCGCAGGCGUUUGUGGGAGACGCCCAGUGUAACGUAAACACGUUACAGGAUGAUAAAUUAUUCCUGGACCCGCCGUUGACCGUACCCAGUGCUCGAUCCAAGAGACAGAGGAGGGACACCGGCUCCAACCCGCUGGACCUGGUGAUUAAGUUUGGCAAUGGCGAGUGGUUGGUCGGCUCAGUUCGGUACGAGAGGAAGUACAAUCUCCCGCUGCCCAUCAUCAUCCCGGCGGUGCUUGUUCCCAUGCUGCUGAUUAUCGCCAUCUCCGUCGUCUGCUACAGGAGGAAGAGCCAGCAGGCAGAGCGAGAGUACGAGAAAGUGAAGCAUCAGCUGGAGAAUCUGGAGGAGAGUGUUCGUGACCGCUGCAAGAAAGAGUUCACAGAUCUGAUGAUUGAAAUGGAGGACCACACCAACGACAUCAGCGAGGGCCGGAUCCCGUUCCUGGACUACAAGACCUACACAGACCGCGUCUUCUUCCUGCCCUCGAAGGAUGGCGCCAACGACGUCAUGAUCACCGGCAAACUGGAUAUCCCAGAAUCCCGCAGGGCUACGGUCACCCAGGCACUGAACCAGUUCUCCAACCUGCUCAACAGCAAAACUUUCCUCAUCAAUCGGGAAAGGUCUGAAACGGUGGUGGAAAGGAUGCUGAGUAACUGGAUGUCCAUCUGUCUCUAUCAGUACCUGAAGGACAGCGCCGGAGAGCCGCUCUACAAACUCUUCAGGGCCCUAAAGCACCAGAUUGAAAAGGGGCCGGUGGACGCACAGGUCAAGAAAGCCAAAUACACGCUGAACGACACCGGCCUUCUCGGAGAUGACGUGGAGUACAUUGUGCUGGUAUGUGAUUCCCUGGAGAUGUCUGAAACGGUGGUGGAAAGGAUGCUGAGUAACUGGAUGUCCAUCUGUCUCUAUCAGUACCUGAAGGACAGCGCCGGAGAGCCGCUCUACAAACUCUUCAGGGCCCUAAAGCACCAGAUUGAAAAGGGGCCGGUGGACGCACAGGUCAAGAAAGCCAAAUACACGCUGAACGACACCGGCCUUCUCGGAGAUGACGUGGAGUACAUUGUGCUGACGCUGCAGGUGCUGGUUCAGGGCGAGGGGCCGGACAUCACCCCCGUGAAGGUGCUGAACUGUGACACCAUCUCUCAGGUGAAGGAGAAGAUCAUCGAGCAGGUGUCCAAAAACCUGCCGCACUCUCAGAGACCCAAAGUAGACGGCGUCACCCUCGAAUGGCGGCCCGGCUCCACGGGACAGAUCCUGUCAGAUCUAGACGUGACGUCACAGAAGGAGGGCAGGUGGAGACGCAUCAAUACGCUGGCGCAUUAUAACGUACGUGAUAAUGCAACGGUGGUCCUUUCCAGAGUUCAGCACACACAACAGCCGUACGAGCAAAAUCACGAUAACCAUGAAGAGAGAAACGCCCUGCUGGAGGAUGAUAAAGUUUUUCACCUGGUGCGACCGGCCGAUGAGCUGGAUGAGAUGAAAUCUAAGAGAGGCAGUAUAAAGGACAAAUCCAUGACCAAAGCCAUCACUGAGAUCUAUCUCACCCGACUGCUCUCCGUCAAGGGAACGCUGCAGCAGUUCGUGGAUGAUUUCUUUCGCAGUGUGCUCUGUUCUGGCGCCGCCGUCCCGCCAGCAGUUAAAUACUUUUUCGACUUCCUGGAUGAGCAAGCCCUCAGACACGAGAACGUAGACGAGGAAACCAUACACAUCUGGAAGACCAACAGUUUGCCAUUGCGUUUCUGGGUGAACAUACUGAAGAACCCUCACUUCAUUUUUGACGUGCACGUGAGCGAGGUCGUGGACGCCUCUCUGUCCGUCAUCGCUCAGACCUUCAUGGACGCCUGCACAAAAACAGAGCACAAACUCAGUCGGGAUUCUCCCAGCAACAAAUUACUCUAUGCAAAGGAGAUCUCCACCUACAAAAGGAUGGUAGACGAGUACUAUAAAGGAAUCCGGCAGAUGGUGUCAGUCAGUGACCAGGAAAUGAACACACAUCUGGCUGAAGUGUCACGGGAACACACAGAUAAACUGAACACACAAGUGGCUCUUCAUCAGCUCUACCGGUACGCCAGCAAAUACUACGAUGGGAUCAUCAUGUCUCUGGAUGAAGAUCCUGCUGCCCAGAGUAAACAGUUAACGCUGAGACUGCAGCAGAUCGCCGCAGCGCUGGAGAACAAAGUGACCGACCUCUAACCCUGUCAGAGCGAACGAUGAACGAAUGCUCUGUCUGUAUUUAGCUCAUCACUAUAAUCAGAUGUUCAUUUUCUUCCUGUGUAGAGACAAAGGUUUUAAGAAUCGUAUUCUAUAUUUUUUUUAAUGUGCAGUCUUUAUGCAGAAAGCUUUAUAAGAGGAAAAUAACUUUUUAAAUAGAUGGCCUUGUGUCAGUUGUUUUUAAAGCUUCUGUUUGUGUGUGUGAUUGUGUGUAUGUGUGUGUAAAAGGAUGCCUAUAUUUUGACCAAAAGGGAGCUGCCCAUGUCCCUGCAGUGUGUGUGUGAGCAGGGGGUGUACCUACGGUGAGGUCACAUCUGGUCUCGUCCAAUCAAAAGCAGCUGAAGGUGACAGCAGGAAUUGCGUGGGAUGUGUUCGUAACAGCAUACUACCCAUACUAUUUCUGCAGUAUGUACUGUAUGUGUAGGGUGUGCAAAUGUUCUUUAUCUGUAACAUUUGCCAAAACAUGCAGUCACAUUUACCGCUGUUGUUCGGUGAGUUUUCACUGACAAAUCCAUGCUGAAAUUUCGCAAAUGGGACCACACCUUAACAUAAGAGUACACUGCAC